GUUGGCGGGAAUAUUAUGGGCCAUAAAGAAUGGAAGCCCGAAAUCAGUCCCAGCAAGCAACCUCUACUUGGCCUCGUUUCGCUCGGAAAGAAGACGGCGGCGGAAGUGAAAAUGUUGGUCCGAGUCGGAGUGGUGAGGUCAUGGAGUCGUCAGUGUCACAUGUCCGCGGACGAUGCCAAAUGGCUUACACUUCCAGCUGUGAGUGCGACGGUGAAGAGUUCCUCGAACGAAGUAUCUUCGUCCAGUUCGACGACUGCGUUGAAAUGGGUUACUCAGUGCUGCCCCCAAAUACCGAAAACUCUUGUGCACAAACUCUUUCGUCUAAGACAAGUUCGAAUGCUUCCUAAUUCUCCUCUUAUUGCUGAUAAAUUGAAAAGGGUGGGAGCUAAGGAUACCUUGAACUCUGGAGAUCGUAUAUUUCUUCCCAAUUCUGUUAAACAACAACAUCAACAUCAACAAACCCCCAAACAACCCCUCACUCUCACUCCCAAACAAAUCAAAUUUAUGCGUUCUCUUGUUAUCUAUAAGGAUCCUGCCACUGUUGUCCUCAAUAAACCUCCUGGAAUGCCAGUGCAGGGUGGCAUCAAUAUCAAAUGGAGUUUAGAUGCGUUAGCUGCAUCAUCUUUAAAUUAUGAUUACUCACAACCUCCUCGUCUGGUGCAUAGACUAGACAGAGACUGUUCUGGAAUUCUGGUCAUGGGAAGAACACAAACAAGUACUGUAGUUCUGCAUUCCAUAUUCCGCGACAAAACAUCAAGGGCUUCUGAUCAUAAUGACACGGAAAAGAGAAUCCUUCAAAGAAGGUAUUGGGCACUCGUCAUCGGACGUCCUAGACGUUCAGGAGGCUUGAUUACUUCUCCACUGGGUAAGGUGGUGGUUGACAACGGAAAAUCUGAUCGAAUAACUAUUGUUAACAAUUCUACGUUAGUAUCAUCACAACAUGCAGUUACAGAGUACCGAGUACUUGGAUCAUCAUCCGAUGGUUACACAUGGUUAGAGCUUUCCCCCUUAACCGGUAGAAAACACCAGCUCCGGGUCCACUGUGCUGAGGUGUUAGGUACACCAAUAGUUGGGGACUACAAGUAUGGAUGGCAAGCUCAUAAAAAAUGGGGACAUUUUGAUUUAUGUAAUCUGGAGGACUCAACUGAAGAACUUCUUAAGGAAGAGACACUCCCUUUUGGCCUUAAUUUGAACAAGGGAAGCAUCUCUGAUAAGCAUCCUCGUUUACAUCUUCAUUGCAAGCAAAUAAUCUUGCCCAAUAUAUCUCAAGCACUGCAAGAUGUUCAAUCACUAUCAGCUUCAAAUUGUGACCUUUCAGUUGUUGAAGCACUUAAGUUGGAAGCGGAGUUGCCUCCAUACAUGCAAAGGAGUUGGGAUGUGACGAAUUCUUAAGUUAUGAUCAAAGUGUUGUGCACCCUUUUUGAUUCACUUGGUUUCAUCUAGGUAACGUCUUCCGUUUGAGAUUCUACUAACAAUUUGAUGCGAUCAAGUAACCAGCUACACUUAAUUUGAGGUAUCUGUGUUUGUAACAUAGGUCUCUUGAGAAUUCAUUUGGCAUUUUAUUUUUCCAUAGGUUGAAACCCUUUAUUUCCAUGAAUAAAAUUGUACUAUUUGUUUCUACUACUUUUUUUAAAAACAUUUGUUUCUCUAUUCUACUACUUGUAAAUAUAUUGUCCACGUUGUUGUA